AGAGUGAGCUGUUUAUGAGAAAGGCUGCUGUUAUUGUUCUCUCUCUCUCUUACUUGACAAAUAGUGUUAUUGCUCAUACUUAAUGUUAAAAGAGAAAAGAGGAAUACUAUUGGCACCUGUUUGCUGCAAGAUAUCUUUAUUUGAAGAAAAAGAAAUGCACAUGGGUGAGCCAAUCACAUGAGGCUUCCAUGUGCAGCAACCAAUCAGCAGCUUCUGAUUCAUUGAUCAUGAAAAGAUAUGGAGCUAUGAGGGCUUCUUUCAUCCAUCAAAGUUAUGAAGCUAUUACUAAAUUCAUCAUAUUUCCAUUGUCGUCAUACCAGGAUUUACAAAAUAAGUAAAGUUUGUCUCAUCUCCAUAUUUCUCUGCACUUUUUGCCUCUUCUCCCUGGACUGGGCCAAUAAAGUGAUAAACAUUAGCAGAUAUAUAAAGAACUGGAAACAUAUCACAAGUAAUAAAUCUAAUGCUCAACAGUGGGUCUGGAUAAAAAAUCAGAGUUUAAGUAUUACAGUGGUUGAAAAGCCUGAGGGUUACAUGGCAAGUAACUCAGCAAAAAGGACAGUGAAGGAAGUAUCAUCGUUACAAACGCCUUAUAGAUUCAUUGGCAAAGUGUGGAGUGAUAAUAUGUCAUCCAAAGACCUAAUAAAGAGACUGCAGGAAGUGAAGAAGAAUUACCAAAAAUGGAACAAAUAUAAAGUUACAUUUCAGGGUAAAAGAGGCCAGAAUCUUAGUCCCCAGGAAUUGCUUUGUCAGCUCAAACUUAGGGUGAAUAUGAGCACAAUUAAACGCUCAGAUCUUCCCUUCAAUACCUCCUCCUGGAGCCAGUACCUACCUACAAAGUCCUUGCCGGAUGCGGCUGGGGAACUGGGAACCUGUGCUGUUGUGUCUUCCGCAGGAUCCAUAAAAUCUUCAGCACUUGGUUCAGAGAUAGAUUCUCAUGAUGCCGUUUUAAGGUUUAAUGCAGCUCCUACCACUGGAUUUAGUGAUGAUGUAGGAUCAAAAACGUCAUUCCGUUUAGUCAAUUCACAGGUGGUUACCUUACCUGAACAUAAAUUAUUGGAAGACCCUCUCUAUAACUCAGGAAUAUUAAUCAUGUGGGAUCCCAAACCAUACAAAGCUGAUGUCCAUCAGUGGUCCAAUAGCCCAGAAUUUCAGUUCUUUGACCGGUACAGAGAAUAUUGUAAUAAGAAUCCCCUGCAGCCAUUUUAUAUACUGCACCCACAAAAUAUUUGGGAAUUGUGGAACAUAAUCCAAGAGAUCACGGUUGAAGAAAUACAUCCAAACCCUCCCUCUUCUGGCUUACUAGGAAUUCUGCUGAUGAUGAACCUAUGUGAUCAAGUAAAUGUUUAUGAGUUUCUGCCAUCUGAGCGUAAGACUGCUAUGUGCCACUACUACCAGAAGUAUCAGGAUCAUGCUUGCACAAUGGGGGGGUAUCAUCCUCUCAUAUAUGAAAAAAACCUGGUAAAGAAAAUCAAUCUAGGAAAUGAUGAAGACAUUUACUACCAUGGGAAAGUAUCAUUGCCAGGAUUCAGAGGAUUAAAGUGCUAGCACGUUUGCUAAAAACAACAAAGUGGAUCUAAAGGCCAAGCCCAUUAUUACUGUGAUUUACAUUUCAAAGAAACUGAAAAAGAAAUAAAUGGUACAAUAGGAUAUUUCUACCCAAAAGCUGAGAAUAUUUUCUAUGAAAAUUGAUACAUUUUGUUUGAUUUUAAAGGACCCACUUUUAAAUAUUUCAAAUAGUUUCCAGGAGAAAACAGAUCUAUAUUAUUGAAAUUUUAACCAAUUGGGCACUUGAACCAACAUUCUCUCCUACUUCUUUAUAGUGAGUAUUCAAAAUAAGCUCAUGCUUCUUUAGUGUAUCAAACAAAGAUUAUUUUUUAUUUUUUUAAUAUUGCUUUAUUUAAAAGUUUUUUAUUCAGAUAGAUUGUUUGACCUUUGACCUUUAUAACUAACCUCCUUUAUUUGAAUGUUGGACAACAUUCUUGGGGCUUGUUUAUAUUCCAUUUGUAAACUUUAUAACUUUGUAAUGACAAAUUAAUAUUUUUAUUAAAGUCUACAACUUAUGAGUUUUGUGCGCUAUAGGAAAUUUAACAAACGCAACAAAAGUUUUGUUAUUUAACCCUCUAUAGCACAGCAAUUACAAGUUUUGAAACAGCCGCCUUGUGCGUGCGAUAUGGUUGUGUUGAGCUCCAUACUGCACACAAUACAAGCGCUGUUUUGAUGUGCUCAUGCAUGCUUUCCCCAUAGACAUCAAUGGGAAGAGUGGGCUAAAAAAAAAACUAACACCUGCGAUCGCGGAAUAAAAAGCUCAGUAACGCAGCCCUAUUGAUGUCUAUUGAGAAAAAAAGUAACUUUUAAACCUAACACCCUAACAUAAACCCCACGUCUAAACACCCCUAAUUUUCCGCCCCUGACAUCACUGACACCUAUAUAAUGUUAUUAACCCCUAAUCUGCAGCUCUCGAUGUCUCCGCCACAAUACUGAAGUUAUUAACCCCUAUACCCCUGCGCACCAACAUCGCCCAGUCUAUAAUAAAUAUAUUAACCCCUAUUCCGCUGCUCCCCAACAUCGCCGCCACUAAAUAAAGUUAUUAACCCCUAAACCUCUGGCCUCCCACAUCACUACCACUAAAUAAACCUAUUAACCCCUAAACUGACAACACCCCACAUCGCAACAACCAAAAUUAAACUGUAUUAAUUCCUAAACCUAACCCUAACGUAACCCUAACACCCCCUAACUUUAACAUAAUUAAAAUAGAGCACAAUUAAAGUUACAAUUAUUAACUAAAUAAUAACUAUUUUAAACUAAAUACUUACUUACCUGUGAAGAUACAAUAUAACUAAUAGUUAUAUUGUUGCUAGCUUAGGUUUUAUUUUUAUUUCACAGGUAAAUUUGUAUUUAUUUUAACUAGGUAGACAAGUUAGUAAAUAGUAAGUUAUUAACUAUUUAAUAACUACCUAGUUAAAAUAAAUACAAACUUACCUGUGAAAUAAAACCUAAGCUGGCUUACACUAAAACCUAACAUUACAAAAAAUUAAAAACACUAAAAUUACAAAAAAUAAAAAAACUGCAAUUACAAAAAAUAACAAACGAAAUUAUACAAAAUAAUACAAAUUAUUCCUAUUCUAAUACCUUUUAAAAAAAUAAAAAACCCACCCCAAAAUAAAAAAGCCUAAUCUAUAAUAAACUACCAAGGGUCCUUAAAAGGGCCUUUUGUGGGCCCUUAAAAGGGCCUUUUGUAGUGCAUUGCCUUAAAGAUAACAGCUCUUUUCCUACAAAAGAAAAACAAACACCCCCUAACAGUAUACAAACCCCCACCCCCAAACCCACAAAAUAAUGUAAAACCUAAUCUACACAUUGCAUUGAAAAAAGCAUUUGUAUGGGCAUUGCCCUUAAAAGGGCAUUUAGCUCUCUUUCCUGUCCUUAAAAGGGCAUUCAGCUCUUUUAUGAAAUGCCCAAACACUAAUCUAAAAACCCCCCACCCCAAAACGAAAAAAAUAACAUUACACAAAAUAACAAACGAAUUAUCAAAAAUAAUAAAAAUUAUUCCUAUUCUAAUACCCAUUUAAAAAAAAAAAAAACACCCCAAAAUAAAAAAACGAAUCUAUAAUAAACUACCACUAGCCCUUAAAAAGGCCUUUUGUAGAGCAUUGCCCUAAGUUAAACAGCUCUUUUACCUAAAAAAAAAUUACAAAGACCCACUAACAUUACAAACCCCCACCCCCCCAACCCACAAAAUAAAAAAACUAUCUAAUAAAACUAAGCUACCAAUUGCCAUGAAAAGGGCAUUUGUAUGGACAUUGCCCUUAAAAGGGCAUUUAGCUCUUUUACGAAAAGACCAAACCCUAAACUAAAAAAAAAAAAACUAAAAAAGUUUAAAAAUCCUAACACUAACCCCCUAACAUCCACUUACAAUUGCUGAAGUCCCACUUGAAGGAUCUUCAUCCUGGCGGCUCCAUCUUCAUCCAGGCGGCAUCUUCUGUCUUCAUCCUGCGGAGCGGGUCCAUCCUGAAAACAUCUGGUGCGGAGCAUCCUCUUCUUAUGGUUGCCACCAU